GCUCCUCGGCGCGCCUGGCAGCCCCGGUCCAUGCUGACGGCGCCCGCCGUGCCCGGGUAGGACCGCGCGAGCCGCGGGCGCCCAUGCCCUGCGCGCUCCGGGAGUGGUAGGUGCCGCUGCGCCGCGGCCGUGGGGCGUCAAUGGAUCGCCAUUCCAGCUACAUCUUCAUCUGGCUGCAGCUCGAACUCUGCGCGAUGGCCGUGCUGCUCACCAAAGGUGAAAUUAGAUGCUACUGUGAUGCUGCGCACUGUGUGGCGACGGGUUACAUGUGUAAAUCUGAGCUCAGCGCCUGCUUCUCUAGACUUCUGGAUCCUCAGAACACAAACUCCCCGCUCACUCAUGGCUGCCUGGACUCUCUGGCGAGCACAGCAGACACCUGCCAAGCCAAACAGGCACAAAACCACUCUGGCACCAGCAUGCCCACAUUGGAAUGCUGUCAUGAGGAUAUGUGCAAUUACAGAGGACUCCAUGAUGUUCUCUCUCCUCCCAAGGGUGAGCCCUCAGGACAAGGCAACAGACAGCAGCAUGACAGCAGCAGAAACCUCAUCACCAAGGUGCAGGACUUGACCUCCUCCAAGGAAUUGUGGUUCCGGGCAGCAGUCAUUGCCGUCCCCAUAGCCGGAGGGCUGAUCCUAGUGUUGCUUAUUAUGUUAGCCUUGCGGAUGCUUCGAAGUGAAAAUAAGAGACUUCAGGACCAGCGGCAACAGAUGCUGUCCCGAUUACACUACAGCUUUCACGGACACCAUUCCAAAAAGGGGCAGAUUGCAAAGUUAGACUUGGAGUGCAUGGUGCCGGUCAGCGGGCAUGAGAAUUGCUGCCUGACCUGUGACAAACUGAGACAGGGGGACCUCAGCAACGACAAGAUCCUCUCGCUCGUGCACUGGGGCAUGUACAGCGGGCACGGGACGCUGGAGUUCGUAUGACUGCAUCUUACCGGCACAAAACUCCUUGAACGCUUGAAGGCCUUGGAUUUCUGCUGGACGGGAGCACCUUAUCUGAAGAAGAACAAAUGUCUUUAAUCAUCUUUGACAGAGACAGAAUAACCUCUGCAGACAGAAUCUUGGGUAUUUUCUUCUGAAGGAUUAUUUGCACAGACUUCCAUACAGUCAAAUGUAUUAUUUGCUUUGAAAUGAUAAAAGCAAAGAGAAAAGACUAUGUACAUACUGUUACCAGGGUUAUUUGCAUCCAAGGAGCUGGCAUUGAGUACCUAAAUAAACUAAAAUGGACUCUCUGUAAGUUCUUCCAUCUUGAUUUCUUGUAAAGAUUUAAAAUAUAAAUAUGUAUAUAUAUUUUUUUGGUCUG